UGUCAAUCGAAACAGCUGACAGCUGUUGUCUUUUCUUAGGCGUUCACCCAAAAAAUCUCUAUUUUUAUGGCAUUUUUAUUUUUUUAAUUAAAGUACUUGCACAAAAUGCCUCUUGCAUUUCCUUCGAUAACCACCCUGUUGGGUAUAGCCUUUUUGGGCUAUAUUGGCCAUUCAAUGUGGAUGAUGGCACAAUUAUUUACAAACCUCAAGUGUACAGACGUUCCAUGCUACAAAUCCUUCCUAUCCAAUAGUCCACGUAUGCAGCUAGCGUUAUUCACCUCAGCCACUGCAAAUCCUAUAUCAUCCGAAGUGACCAAGUUAGAUAGCAUUAAGAAUUUUAAGUACUUGGAUGCGUACGAAAAGGAUUAUGAGAUCAAUGUGCCAGCGAAAACACGGCGCAAUGGUACUUUACACUUGCAGGUGGUACUGGCAUUGCAAGGCGAACCAUUGGAGUGGAAAAGUUUAAAAAGAGAUGGACCAACAGUUAUACAUAGUACCAGCCUUACGGAAUUCAUGGUUCCCAAAGCGGCAGCUUUCAAUUUGCUACGCGAUAAUGAAAAGGGAGCUGCUGCUGCAAAAAAUGCAAAACUAUCUGCCAAGCCGCAUACACACAUAAUGUCUGAAGUUCAUAUAUCAUUGUUGACCGAUUUAAUAUCACUUUCAGCCCAAGAUGUUCCUCCCGAAAUGGCCCAACUUAUACAUGUCAAUAGGCAUCAACAAAUACUGCCCAUAUUGAAAACAGACUUUUUCAAUACCCGCAUGAAAGACUUGGUUGAGGUAGAUCGUAAUAUGACUACCUUCAACAUUAAGUUUCACUUCCGUCCAAUGGGUAUUGGUAGACUGCGUCUCAUGCUUAUGAUCGAGCAUGCUAUGAAGAUGAUGUAUCAAAUGGGUUUCACAAAAAAUGACGUCGAGGAAAUUAAAUCUAUGUUUUCUGAUACCAAUCUAUAUUUGUUGCUGGUUACCAUCUUUGUUGCUAGUAUUCAUAUGUUAUUCGACUUUUUGUCCUUUAAAAAUGAUGUCACCUUCUGGCGUAAGAAGAAAUCAUACGAAGGUCUCUCCACCCGCACUACUCUUUGGCGAGCAUUUUCCCAAAUUGUCAUCUUUUUAUAUCUGCUUGAUGAGAAAACUUCGCUAUUGGUUCUAAUACCCGCCGGAAUAGGUGUCUUAAUAGAACUUUGGAAAUGCAAAAAAAUAUUAAAAUUGGAUAUUGGUCUAAAUGGCAUACGAAAGAAACGUGCUCCUGCUGAUACGAAGAACGGAGCCAAGGCCAAAUCUGUGGGCUCAGCGGAAAUGAAAACUGAAGAAUUCGAUAAGCAAGGAAUGCGUUAUCUUAGCUAUCUCCUAUACCCUCUAUGUGUUGGUGGUGCUAUUUAUUCACUAAUUUAUUAUCCACAUCGCAGUUGGUACUCUUGGACCCUUAACUCGCUAGUAAAAGGUGUUUAUGCCUUUGGUUUCCUAUUUAUGCUACCUCAGCUAUUUGUCAACUACAAACUGAAAUCGGUAGCUGCUCUACCAUGGCGUGCUUUUAUGUAUAAAGCUUUCAACACCUUUAUAGAUGAUUUCUUUGCAUUUAUUAUUAAUAUGCCUGUUGCCCACCGAGUUGCUUGCCUACGCGACGAUGUAGUAUUCCUUAUAUAUCUCUAUCAACGUUGGCUUUAUCCAGUUGAUAAGAAUCGCCUCGAUACUGGCCUUAGCAUUGAAGAGACUGCCAAUAGCGAGGUCUUGACUGAACAAUUAAUUGAUGGUGCUACCGCAACUAAUGACGAAGAGGAUAAAAAGUUAAAAUAGGUGUAGUUUCGUGUAUGUAGUUGUUGUGAAAUAAAAAUCAUUCCAGUUUAUAUGUAGAUCAAUUAUA